AUGGACAUCAAUGUAUCUGAUCAACGUGAAGACUGGUCAUCAGUUACACCAAUCAUUGGUGCAUUACCAACAGGAUAUCAUUACAGAGUAUUUGACAAUGUCUGGGAUAGUAAACUAGGUAUUGAAACAUAUUUAGGAGGCCAAUAUGAAAGAUUUGGCAAAACAUAUAAAGAAAUCUUUGAGAAUUCUACAUUUAUGGCCAAUGCAAAUGGUGCAAUUAAUGGAACAAAACUUAACUAUUACUCCGGCUUUUGCAAAAAUGACAAUUCAGCUUGUUAUUUAUCUGUACUUCAAUCAAGCAAACCUAAUAACAUAUAUGAUGUUUUUUUGAAUUCGGAAGCUAAAGAUCUUGAAUGUUUUGCACAAGGGCAUGAAUUAGAUUGCAAUAUUGAUAAUGAAUAUAAAACGUAUGUUAAAUUGAAUUCAACAAAACAGUAUCGAACAGCAGUAAUUAAAUUCAAGAAAGAUUUUAUUAGACCAGCAUUAGAUCCAGUUGUAAAACCAACACCACUUCCAAUACCAGAUGAUAUUGGUGAAGACGACGACGAAGAUGAAGAAGAAACAGAACCAUCAAAAGAAGAGAUACCGAAAGUGAGUGAAUCAGAAUCAUCAUUACCUCCAUUGAAAUCAAACGAAACAUAUUCAAUCAAAUCAACAGUUAUAAAGACAUUAAUAGAAACAAUGACUCAAUCUCUAGAAGUAACAAUUACCGUAACAAGUACAACAGAAUAUACUAUUACAAACUCAUCACUUGUCGAAUCUUCAACAGUUGUUAACUUAUCAUUUACAAAAACAUCAUUUGUUGAAACAACCAUUAUAAAAUGGGUUCAAACGACCAUUGAAACGUUCAGUAAUACAUCAAUUAUUUUUAUAUCUGAAUUAGAAGGAAUAGCAAAGAACAAAUUAACAUCAUCUCAAGUAAUUUUGAUUUCUGUCAUAGUAAUUUUUGUUCUCUUUACUUUAGCAAUCAUUGGUAUUACUUUAUGGAGAAAAUCCAGCGAUGAUUCUGAUUCAUAUUCAGUGUCAGGUUUGUACCAAUACGAUUUAAACAAAGAGGUUGAAUUAACACCACGAAAAGUUGUGAUUUUAGAUGAAGAAGAGCCGGAUGAUAUGAUAAUAGAGGAUAAAUAUACAUAUGAUAUGAAUUCGGAUAUUGAAGAGGACUUGAAAUUCCUGCACGGCGAUUUUUAA